AUGGAGUUGAUUGAUGUAUCACUGGUUGGGCAGCGAUUUACUUGGUUUAGGAGUGAUGGGUCUAUGAUGAGCAGGUUGGAUAGGGUGUUGGUCUCAGAAAGCUGGAGUGCUCACUGGGGUGCAAGAUUUGUGGAGGUGAUUCUGCGCGAUGUAUCUGAUCAUUGUCCAUUGAUUUUGAAUCAUAAGGUGCUAAACUGGGGUCCUAAAUCGUUUCGCUUUAAUAAUUGUUGGCUUUCCCAUUGUGGUAUUGAGCGUGUGGUGAGGUCUGCAUGGGAGAAACAGGUCCGAGGUUCGUGGGCUGCCCAAAGAAUACGAGGAAAUCUCUUGAAUGUUAAAAAUGCUCUAAAGAAGUGGAAUAUUGAGGUGUUUGGUAAUGUGGAUACCACGAUAAAAAGCCUGACUAAUGAAUUAAAGGAGCUGGAUGCGAAGAAUGAGGAAUACGUUCUUGUAGAAUCAGAAAGGAGUAAGGAAAAGGAGUUAGAAGAUGGGAUUUGGUGUGCUCGGAGGAACAAACUAACCUUGCUAGCUCAAAAAGCGCGAAUUCGUUGGGGGCAAAUAUGGUGA